AUGAGCUUUCGGCCAGAAGGUACCUGGGGGGACGACUAUCCGGGCUGGAAGGAUGACCGCAACGAGCCUUUGCGGAACAGACACUGGCCUGCCAAUCUCCAAGAGCUCGCUGUCGAGACGCCGCCGCCGAAGCCGGAUACAGCGAAGGAAGUGCGCAUGGUCAACGCCGUCGAGAUCGUGACCUGGAAGGGUUGGCACGCAAUUCUCAUUCCUCGGCUGAUCGACAGCUUGUUCAACUGGUUCCGAAACAACGUCUACCACCUCAAAGAGGAGUCGCCCGCCGCGCCUUACUACAACCUGGAAGGACCGCUCCUCAAGCCUCCUGGCGCGGGUACAGACGAGAAUCCCUUCGUCAUGCAACUCCCUCCCCUCCUCAUACCAACGCUCAUGGCGCACAACGGCGACGGAACCUCGCAUGUCUUCAUGGAGCUCCCCCUUCAUCGAAGAGUGUCGUACACUCUUACAGCCGCCCCACGAGCAAUGAGCCGCCGGUGGACGGUCAACGGGCCUCAAGGACCGACGUACCAGUUCGAGAACAUGUGCCACCUCAAGGGAACAUGGAUGGCGAUUGAGCUUCCGUCCUGGGAGAACGUCCAGGUCCUCCUUCAGGAGAUGCCCACUCCGAAUCCCUCCCUCGGUCAUGUCGUCCUUCGCAUGCAGCUGAACGUGCGAUUGUCGACAACCGAGGCUCCCCCUCACCAGUACUCGCAUUACACCUAUCACUACGUCCUUGAACUCGAUCGUCAUACGCCUGUGCCUCAGCCUCUCAAGAUGGAACAUAUCCCGGUGGCGAGGAGGCAAAGGUGCAAAUAG